ACGGCCGAUGCAUACAUAUAUGCGGUUCACAUUAUUACACUAGUUUCACCAAGACUGCGAACCUAGAAAGAUACCCCCUUUUGGAUUGAUGUUUAUGCUACACAGAUUGGGAUUAUUUGUUCUUUAUUUUCAUGGAGUCUUUUCUUUGUCUCGCAUUGUUCAACUUCAUGAUGAAGCUCGUGUUUUGGAGGAAGACUGGUUAAUGAAGAAGGCGGCCAAACCUAUACAAGAAAAAGGACUAAAAAAACAACGGCUGAAAAUGAUAGUGGACCGACAAGUUUUGUUAUUUCAGUUAUUCUACUCACUGUCGUUUGCAUAGCGGUGUGAUGGACGUCAAUUUUGGCGCGGUACAGCAUCGAAGACGAUUGCUCGUUGUACAUAAUCAUAAUCUACUCUCAAAUGAAUUGUUAAACAGAUGCAACAAAUUGGAA